AGACACAUCAGAACAACCAAAAUAAAUUUAAAUGCAUUGAAUGCGGGGAGACCUUUGCUCACAAGGGAUGCUUGAAAAUCCACAUGAUCGCGCACGCUGGAGAGCGGUCGUUCGCUUCUUCAUCUUGCGCCAAGGGGUUCUUCUUGAAGCGUCACACGAAACUGAGUCAGAAAGACCCCGCGGAGGGUAAUAACAACAGUAUCCAUCCGUUCACGUGCUCAGAGUGUGGCAAAACGUUCCUCCAUACGGGGAACUUGAACCGACACAAGCGAAUACACACCGGAGAGAAACCUUACGCUUGCUCCAUUUGCGGUAAAAGAUUCCGGGAUAAGUGCGGAGUGAUAAAGCACAGGGUGGUGCACACGGGGGAGAAACCCUUUUCUUGCUUGGUUUGCGCCAUGUUGUUCCCACACCGGGCCAGCUUGCUGAGGCACCUGAAGAAACAUUCCGGGGAGAAUCAUUUCACCUGCACGGUUUGUACUAAAAGCUGCUCCAGUUUAUCGUCGUUCAUAUUACACUCGAAAGAACACACACCCAGCACCUCGAGUGAAAUCGCGACCGCAGAAGCUUACGCUCAGGAAGUGUGCGACGUGGCUCCGCCAUUGAAUAAGGGUGAGGAAAAGCCCAACUCUCCCGAGACGGACACCAAGGAACCCCCAAAGACGUACCCCCAACCGAAAGACGCCGAGCGGUUCUGCUGCCCCCAGUGCGGCAAAACAUUCCGGCACAGGUCUUACUUCAUCUGUCACCUGAGAACGCACGCUGGGAACAGACCCUACAAAUGCUCUCUCUGCCCUAAAGAUUUCUCCAGAAGGUGUGACAUGAAGGUUCACAUCCGGGUGAAGCACACGGGCGAGACGCCCUUCGCCUGUCCCAUCUGCGGCAAAGGGUUCGCCGUCAAGAAGUACAUGACGUUGCACAUGAGGAGACACAGCGGGGAGAAACGCUUCGCCUGCCCGCUGUGUUCCAAACAGUUCACCGCCAAAGCGGGGAUGGUGAAACACAUGGGGAAGCCCACGUGCAAAAAAACUGCGAUGUGCGCCGUGGACGAAUCGCCGGCCAGAGGAUGCUCGAAAAUCACACGUGUGCCAGUAACGACAGGUGAAGCGACGGGACCUUGAGAGACCACGUGGACGUUAAAUGCGUCAUUAGAAGUGAACUUUUGACACGUUUUUCAUGAGAAGACCGUGUACAGUAAUCUCUUGCCAUUACCAUCCUGCCACAAACAACAAAAGUUAGAGGGAAAACACUUGACGCCGUCUCAUGGACUCAGCGAACGACUUCUAGAAGAAGAUGAUCAACCAACAGAGUUAACAGUUUAGUUUUUUUAAUUUAGUGGAUCUCGUGAC